UGCUGUCUCACUCAUGCUUCCUGGCUUUACUCACAUGCACACAAAGAGAAGAGCUGUAGAGUCUUAGCCACACAUGAAGCAGCUCUGUCUAUUUUAAACCACGCCAGAUUGGAUUCAGGAUAUUUUUGUAUCUCUUGCGGCGUGUGACAGAUUGAAUGUACGAGGUAGAGCCAGAGCAGAGUUUGAUUUCCUUUUGUUUACCUUUUUAUUUGGGAUUUUCCUCUAUCUGACUGUAGGUGAACGUGUGUGUGUGUGUGACAGAGAGAGAAGAGUGAGUGUGUGUGUGAGAGAGAGAGGACCAGGAUGAUUGCGGCCCAGCUACUUGCCUAUUACUUCACUGAACUCAAGGAUGACCAGGUUAAAAAGAUCGAUAAGUACUUGUACUCCAUGCGUUUCUCUGAUGAGACGUUACUGGACAUCAUGCAGCAGUUUCGGAGAGAGCUGGUCAAAGGACUGGGACGGGAUACUAACCCCACUGCUGCGCUGAAGAUGCUGCCAACAUUUGUGCGGUCAAUCCCUGAUGGCUCAGAGAAGGGAGAUUUCAUUGCAUUGGAUUUGGGAGGCAGUAACUUCAGGAUCCUCCGCGUCAAAGUGAGCCAUGAGAAGAAACAGACUGUUCAGAUGGAGAGUAAAAUCUAUGACACACCAGAGGACAUCAUUAACGGCAGUGGAACAAGACUGUUCGACCAUGUGGCAGAGUGUCUUGGGGACUUCAUGGAAAAACAGAACAUCAAAGACAAGAAACUUCCAGUUGGUUUUACCUUCUCCUUCCCCUGCCAGCAGACCAAACUAGAUGAGGGCUAUCUGCUAACAUGGACAAAGCGUUUCAAGGCCAGUGGAGUGGAGGGCAUGGACGUUGUCAAGCUGCUCAACAAAGCUAUUAAGAAACGAGGAGACUAUGAUGCUGACAUCAUGGCAGUAGUAAAUGAUACUGUGGGAACGAUGAUGACCUGUGGUUUCGAUGACCAGCGCUGUGAAGUCGGCAUUAUCAUUGGUACAGGUACCAAUGCGUGCUACAUGGAGGAACUGCGUAACAUUGACCUGGUGGAGGGAGACGAGGGCAGGAUGUGUGUCAACACUGAGUGGGGAGCCUUCGGAGACGACGGCAGGCUGGAAGACAUCAGGACAGAGUUUGACAGAGAGAUAGACCGAGGCUCUAUCAACCCUGGCAAGCAGCUAUUUGAGAAGAUGGUCAGUGGUAUGUACAUGGGGGAGCUGGUUCGUCUCAUCCUGGUGAAGAUGGCCAGAGAGGGCCUGCUGUUUGAGGGAAGGAUCACCCCUGAGCUUCUCACAAAGGGAAAGAUUGAGACCAAACACAUCUCAGCUAUAGAGAAGAGUAAGGAGGGGUUAUCCAAGACCAGAGAGAUUUUAACCAGACUUGGUGUGGAGCCAUCCACUGACGACUGCGUUGCUGUGCAGCAUGUUUGUACCAUUGUGUCUUUCCGCUCUGCCAACCUAAUAGCUGCCGCACUGGCAGGCAUCCUACUGAGGCUUAAGGAGAACAAAGGCGUGGCACGACUCCGAACCACUGUAGGCAUCGAUGGAUCUCUAUACAAGAUGCACCCACAAUAUGCUCGCCGUCUUCAUAAGACAGUCCGUCGUUUGGUGCCGGACACUGAUGUUAGGUUCCUCCUCUCAGAGAGUGGCAGUGGAAAAGGAGCAGCCAUGGUGACAGCCGUGGCCUAUCGACUCGCCGAACACUCACGAGAAAUUGCCCAAACACUAUCCGAAUUCCGCCUGACCACCGAACAGCUGCUGGAGGUAAAGAAGCGAAUGAGGAUAGAGAUUGAAAAUGGCCUUUCAAAGAGCACCCAGGACACUGCUACGGUGAAAAUGCUGCCAACCUUUGUACAAAGCACUCCUGAUGGCUCAGAGCAUGGUGACUUCCUGGCUUUGGAUUUAGGUGGAACCAACUUCAGAGUUCUGUUGGUCAAGAUUCGUUCUGGCAAGAGGAGAACAGUGGAGAUGCAUAACAAGAUCUACGCUAUUCCUCUCGAAGUGAUGCAGGGCACGGGAGAGGAGUUGUUUGAUCACAUUGUGCAGUGUAUCAGUGACUUUCUGGACUACAUGGGGAUGAAGAACACUCGUCUUCCCCUUGGCUUCACCUUCUCGUUCCCCUGCCGACAGACCAGCCUGGACGCUGGCAUCCUUGUGACAUGGACCAAGGGCUUCAAGGCGACAGACUGUGAAGGAGAGGAUGUGGUGGGACUGUUGAGGGAUGCCAUUAAGAGGAGAGAGGAAUUUGACCUGGAUGUAGUGGCCGUAGUGAACGAUACAGUAGGAACCAUGAUGACCUGUGCCUAUGAAGAACCCACCUGUGAGAUUGGACUCAUCGCCGGCACUGGCAGCAAUGCAUGUUACAUGGAGGAGAUGAGGAACGUUGAGAUGAUAGAGGGAGACGAGGGACGGAUGUGUGUCAACAUGGAGUGGGGGGCUUUCGGAGACAACGGAUGCCUUGAUGACAUUAGGACAGAGUACGACCGUGCUGUGGAUGACUUCUCCCUUAAUCCAGGCAAACAAAGAUAUGAGAAAAUGUGCAGUGGCAUGUAUCUUGGCGAAAUUGUACGGAACAUCCUGAUUGAUAUGACCAAGAGAGGAUUCCUAUUCAGGGGACAGAUUUCUGAAACACUGAAGACCAGAGGCAUCUUUGAAACAAAGUUCCUCUCACAGAUCGAGAGUGACAGAUUGGCUUUGCUGCAGGUGAGAUCCAUCCUGCAACACUUGGGGCUGGACAGCACCUGUGAUGACAGUAUCAUAGUCAAAGAGGUAAGCUAUAAACAGAUACAUAUGUGUGUGCAAAGCCUUGUGUGA